UCUCUUCAGGACGGCCUGAGGCAGGCGCUCAGCGUGCCCUUAGCGCUGGCUGACAGGAUAAACUUGCUCUGGGCUCCUCUGAAGGAAAUGGUCGUCCACGGAAACAUCGCCUGCAAGUCCGACGCUCAGGUGGCAGCGAAGGCUUUAGAGACGGCAGUGUUUGGAGCGUAUUACAACGUGAUAAUCAACCUGCGAGACAUCAGCGACCCGGACUUCAAGAGCGCCACGGAGAGGCGCGCCGCGGCGAUGCUAACGGAAGCUACAGAAAGCGCCGCCGCUGUGCUGCUCGCUGCCGAGGACAGGAAGUGAUGUCUCUUCUUCCUCCUCACCUGAGAGCAAGGGGCCGUCACUCUUUUAUCUAAAUAAUGAAAGGAAUCAGAGAAUGUUUCAUAACAAUAAAAAGUUAUAAAUCCUCA